AUGGGUCACCUGGAGCCAUCGGCGGCUGCCGCGGGAUUGGCCGCUCUCGUGCUUGUACCGCUCGGUAUAUGCUUGAUCGCUAUGAAUGCGCAGCUCAGACUGCUGAACACGCACCUGUCUUCGAUCGUCCUGGAGAAGUUUGGUUUGGCUUCUCUCUAUCGUGCUCAGUCGCAGCCUGUUUGUAGCAAGCGGCUGCAAAAUCGAUGGACUGCUGGAGAGGACCCUGGCGUGCCCCAAAGCUUCCUAGUCACGAACGGCUCCCUGUUGCCCUCGACGCAAGCCGAUCUCGCGGAUCACAUAGUUGGAGGAAGCAUCUUACUUCCGGGUGUCGGCUACAUCGAGUUAGCCUUGGGGUCUCAUGAGUCGAAAAGGACACUUGUCGGAGUGUGCCAGACCACCGGUGCACCUCUAGCAAUCCAAUUUAUUUUGGGGAGGAGCUGCACCAGGCUCUCUGUAUUUUGCGUGCAGGAGCUUCAAUAUAGGACCGUUGCGUCUGAUCAAAUCCCAUCAAGGUCAAAAUUAUGUGCGGGCGCAGGGCUGCAAGAUAGGAUCAAUGUUGAGCUCAUGAAUUUAUCAAAAGCAAACAACUUAGAUAUCAAUACGUUUUAA